UCUUUUGCUGGAAACAGUUCCUGUUCUUGAGAAACUCAUUCUUUAUAGACUUUAUGGUCAUUUUUUAAUCUGAUCCCAAGAAGAAGGAAGGGACUUCGAUAUUCUUAACGUUGCUUUGUACCUUUGAUUUCUAUUUAUUCUUAAGUCCGAAGGAAAGAAAAGGGGUAGGAUGUCGGCGCGCGAGUGACAUUAGAGUAGUUGACUUCAUUUGAACUGCCGAACUAUGAGCCGAUUUGCCCGAGCUUAAGCCAUGAAUUCUUGAUGAUGAGUGCGGUUGCGAAAUGAAGGCAUGGGGUCUGCCGGGCAGGGAGUGCGGCUUCGAGGCGCCGACGGAAAGGAGUUCGGGCAUUUCUGAUGCAGCGACAGCAGUUCGGGAGUGAGCAUGGCCUUUAACAGCUCCGACUACCUGGACGCCCUGGGCGAGUCGGGCCUCUACGAGCAGAACUGCACGCUGGCCGACCUGCGGCCGCACGAGUUCAACGCCUCGGCGCUGGACGCCUACAAUAUCUCGUGGGAGCUGGAGGAGAGCCUGAUGCGGUGCUCGUACGACGCGCGGCGCAUCAACUGCUCGGCCGCCGACGCGCUGUGCCUGUGCGCCAAGGAGAUCUACCGCGACUACUGCGCGGGGCGGCCCGAGUACUACUCGUACGUCUACCGCAUCAUCGGCACGCUGUUCCAAGGCAUCAUCUUCGUGAUCGGCGUGAUCGGCAACGCCAUGGUGGUCAUCGUGGUGGCCCGCAACAAGAACAUGGCCACGCCCACCAACUGCUACCUGGUGAGCCUGGCCGUGGCUGACUGCGCCGUGCUGGUGGCCGCCGUGCCGCAGGAGAUCGUCAGCUAUUUCCUCAUCGGCAACCACUGGAUCUGGGGGCGCGGCGGCUGCGCCAUCCUCGUCUUCCUGCAGAACCUGGGCAUCAACGCCAGCUCGCUCAGCCUGACGGCGUUCACGGUGGAGCGCUACAUCGCCAUCUGCCACCCGAUGAAGGCGCAGACGGUGUGCACGGUGGAGCGCGCCAAGAAGAUCACGCUGCUCGUGUGGCUGUUUGCCGUGUGCUACUGCGCGCCCUGGCUCUUCCUGACGCAGGUGGUGCCUCUCAAGUACGCCGUCGACUACCCGACGCAGGAGUGCACCUUCAAGCUGUCGCGCGACCAGUACCUCUACUACUUCUUCCUGGACUUCGUCGUGUUCUACGUGGUGCCGCUGCUGCCUCUCCUGCGUCCUGUACUCGUUCAUCGCCAGGAUCCUGUUCACGUCGCAGAUGCCUAAGAACCCCACGCUCAACGGGCACCACCACAAGAGGACGGCCACG